AUGAUGACUAGCAUUUGUCGUCGAAUGAUGUUUUCUUUGAAAAACUAUUUUCGACAUUUGAAUCUUUUCCAACCGGUAGCUGAUAGCGGCGAAGAGGAGAAUGAGCAACAACGUCAUUUCAAUAUUCUUGUUACCCGAGUUUACAUAGUUCUUCUUAUAUUUCUUCUCAUUGGUUUUGCCCUUUUCACAAAAUUUAAAGUCGAAACAACGAUCAUGAAACUACAAAAUCCAACUGAAAAACAAUUUGAUGUUUUACCUAUCGAUGCCGAUUGUCCUUGUUCCCAGAUUUCACUUUCCUAUGGUGAAUUUAUCUCAUUACAUGCAAAUUUACAUGAAAUAUGUCGCAGUGAGUUCGUAUCUAAUCGAUGGAUAAAAGCGAUUUUUUCCGGUUCAAAUUCGACAUAUUUCAAUGUCAAAGACUUUCGUACAUUUGGUACUGCGCAAUUUCAAGCAUUGUCUGGCUUUUGUAAUAUCUCAUACUCUUAUCUUCAACAACAUAUCGAUUUAUUCAAACGAACAAUGUUAAUUAGUACACACAUUCGUUCGAAGAUAAAUUUUCAACAAGAAAUUCAAUUAACUCUCGCUCAAUUUAAACAAACCGUAUCGCGACCAUUUGCCACUCAAUUGAAAUUUGUACGACAAAUGAUUAUGAACAAUAGACUCGUUUCUGGUCUUCAAACAAACUUUCAUAUAUCAUACAGUGCCAAAUACCAUCCUGCUAUUUACGCUGCUACAUAUAAUCGCAUAAAUAAGACAAGUUGUAAUUGUCUUGUAGAUUCGGAAUGUAGUUCAAAUGCUGUCUUUGACAGUAUAUUUGGAGCACAAACACAAUAUCAAUCUGGAAAUAUAACAAUAAUUCCCGGAUUAGCAUCGGGUUGUUUACCAAUGGGUUCAAUUCUUGCAUCAACACUUGAAUGUUUUUAUAAUCAAACAUGUUUAGAUGAAUUGAUUUCAUUUUUCCCCACGAAAGAAAAAUUCUCAGCAAUGAUUGUCAACAAUCAAAGUCGUUUUAAACCAUUUACAAUCGUACGAUCAAUUGUAAAUGAUUUGAUGGUGGAAGAUUGGAUAACCGACGUCUCGUACACGAAAUAUUUUAAUGGAUGUGCAUCUCUUUUAUGUACUUAUGUGAAAGUAAAACGACAAACUUGGCAAUUUGUUCUCACACAACUCAUCAGUCUACUCGCCGCUUUGAUUAUGGUACUUCAAAUAUUAGUUCCAAUUAUUGUUCGAAUCGUAAUGGACAAAAUAAAUAAAGUUGUAUAUCCAAAAAUUUCUCUUCGUAUUCGUUUGCAAGAACUCGAAAAAACAGCGAAAAAAUCAAUCAUCGAAUUGAAUUUAUUCAAAAGUUUUCCUUCUAAUGAUCGACAAGUUCGUCAUCAAUGUUACGCUACUCGUUUGUAUAUCAUUUUAAUUGUCCUUUCCUUUUCAACCUUAACAUUAUACAAUAUAACAAUCAAAAGGAUUCGUUAUCAUACAAUUACAAAUCCAUCCGAAUUCGAAUAUCUUAAUCUUGAAAAAGAUUAUCUCGAUGAUUUGACAUGUUCAUGUACUUCAUUAUCGACAUCAUAUUCUUCUUUUCUCACGAUUCAACCUCAUUAUCAUCAUUUAUGUUCAAGUUAUCUAAUAACUUCACAAUGGAUCGAAUUUGUUCGACCAAAACAAUUUGAUAAACCUAUUUUAUUUGAAUAUGAACAUAAUGCUGCUACUUAUUUUCAAACCUUAGCGAUGCUUUGUGAACAGGCGAAGAUAAUAAUAAAUAAUACACUUGAUGACUCUCUUCAAAGACGAAUUGUUGGUUUACAUGUCAUGCGUUCCGAUUUCUUUCACAAACAAAUGAUUCAACUUAUUCAUAAUUGGAAAGAUUCGACGAUUAGUCAGUUUAAACGAAGUAUUAACAUUACUCAACUUACGAUUUCAACCAAUCAAGUCAUGAAUCGUCAAAAUAUUUUUUAUCAAUAUAGUUCGAAAGGAAAACAAGUCAUUACCGAGCCUAGACAGUAUGAUAAGUGUAGUUGUGCUUAUGAAAAAUGUCAAACAUUAAUGAAAAUAUAUCAUCAUCGAGAUUCAAACGACUUCUUUCUUAUUCCGAACUUUUUCGUGGGUUGUUAUCCGAUCGAUGCAUUACUUCAAUCGACAUUGGAAUGUUUUUAUAAUCAACUAUGUAAUGAAAAACUUCAUUCAUAUUUUACUUCAUCUUCUAUUGAAUCUUGGACUUUUCCAGCACUUAAUUCAAGUCUCAACUCAGCUAAUGAGACUAUCCAAUCGAUUGUAGAUAAAUUAAUGGUUGAUGAUAACUGGUUACAAAACACCAAUUUCACUUCUUAUUAUAGUAAUUGUGCUCCAAGUUCAUGUGUCAUUGAAUAUAUGGAUCGUUAUCAUAUCUUAACGAUUCUUAUUAUUGUUAGUGGAAUAUUCAGUGGAUUAUCAUUUGCUUUGCAGAAGUUUAUCUGGGUUGGCCUUCACAUAAUUGAGAAGCUUUUCGAGGGAAAUUCUUUUCAAUCAUUUCUAAAUUAUAUUCGAACGCUUUUCAAUUGGAGCGACACAAAAAAAGUAACGAAUCGAUUACAUGUUAUUCUAGUUAUAUUAGCUUUGUAUAGUCUUUACAUGUAUCAUGCUUUUCGUUCUGAUCUGAUUACAGUAGAAACAGAAAAACCCAAACUAAACGCUUAUCAAGAAUUGGUUGCAGAACAUGCUGAUACUUUGCAUUGUUAUUGUUCAGAAAUAUCCAUCCAAUAUCGUUCAUUUCUGAACAUAACUCCUCGUUUUCAUCCAAUGUGUUCAAGAAAUAUUGUUAAGGAAUUAUGGAAUAUAAUUAGUACUAUUUCAUUCAAUGAUUACGCCAAGAAUUUCACUGCAAAGUACGGAUAUGUAGGUGUAGGAUAUUUAUUAGGGAUUGAUAGACUUUGUAAACUAUCAAAGGAAAUCUUAGUAGAAGCACUCAAUCAAUUAUUAACAAGUCAUUUUGUUAACAAUCAAUUAUUGUCAGAGGCUUCAUUAACAGAACAUAUUCGAUUAACUAUUAAUGAUUUUCAAAUACGAGUACCGAGGACACUUACAAAUAUAUAUGCAUUAACUCGAUUGGCAGUAACUGCAAAUCAUUUAAUGAAUACAUAUGGCAGUAGUUGGGUAUUUGUUGAGCAACAAGAUCUUUCGUAUUCGAGUACUCUUCAUAGUGUACCAGUUGUUGAACAAGAUUGUAAUUGUGGUUUGACUGCAAUGUGUAUGAAGGAAGUUUUUGGAAUUAAUUUUGGCUGUUAUAUCACUGAAACCAUGUGGCAGUCACCGAUAAAAUGUCUCUACGACAGAAAAUGUCUAGAUAUAAGAAACAAGACGAAUCCACUCGAUAAUUCAAGUGAACGGAGCCGUUUUCCGAUCAAUUCAAGUUUUGAAUUAGUUUUAAAUGAAUUAAUGAUGGAAAACCUUGACAAUAACGAGUCUUAUGAGGAUUAUUUUGCAAACUGUGAACCCUUUUUAUGCACUCAUUCUAUUCAAAACAACAACUUGAUCGAAGGAAUCACGGUGUUAAUUUCUCUAUACGGUGGAGUCGUGAUCAUCUGUCAUUCAAUUGCAGUUGUUCUCAUCAAACUACUCCAACGUCGACCUACGGAAAUUACACCGACGACAGACUAA